UUUAAAUGAAGCCGAUCGAUUGAUUUAUGUGCAUAAUUUACCGACAAUUAAACGAAAUAAAAUCGUCUGCUAAGUUUACAACUGAUAACCUACAUUUCUUAAAGAGUGCUUUACUGAUGUUUCUAAAUCGCCGUGACUAUAUAAAGGGGAAAAGGUAGUAUUACAUUUUCCCGGCUUUAGUUUGGCCUUUUGUGUAUCCAAGACAGUGAAGGAAGUCAACUUAGGAGCACUGUGAUUGGAUGAAAGGGACCAAUUACUGAUGAGGAUGAAGUAGUAACAGUUACUUUAUCAGAAGAUAUGAAAGUGGAAAAUUUAGUUGUAGACGAAUUUGAAACAGGAAUAAACUUCAGAAAGAAUGGCAUACUACCUGAUCCAAGAAUUAUGAUACCACAAAUUCAAACAAUGGACGUCUUCGAUGAUGACAUCUUCAUUUGUGCUUAUAUGAAAUGUGGAACUCAUUGGGUAUGGGAAAUGGUACAGAUGAUAGUGAACGGCAAGACUGAAUACUAUUCAAAAGCUAAAGAAUGUUGUAUGUUGGAAUUCCAUUUGCCGGAUGAAUACAGUGAUUUACAGAGGCCAAGAAUAUUCAACUCUCAUUUUACACCAAAAUGUUUACCGAAACAAGCGUUUGAGAAAAAGUGUAAAAUGAUAAUCAUUGAACGAAAUCCGAAAGAUAUUCUUACUUCUCAGUAUCACCACUGGAAACUAUUCCCUCAAUUCUCACUACAAUGGUCAGACUUCCUUAAAAGUGUAUAUACAAAUGAUCGGAAUGUGAGUUCCAAUUGGUUCUUUUACCGAAAACAAUGGUCUGAUUUCUUGUCAUCAAGUGACAACCCAUGCCUAGUAUUGAAAUAUGAAGACAUUAAACAGAAUACACUCGCGAGUUUGUUCAAACUCGCCGAUUUCCUAGGUUAUCCACGUGAAGAAACUUUUUUAAAAGAAAUACAAGAGAAAUGUAGUUUGGAAAAAAUGCGAGACAUGGAAAAGCUAAGAGAGAGUGGAACUGAGUUGGUUAACUCUGAUCAGGUGUCCAAGUUGUACAGAAAAGGUGUUGUUGGUGAUUGGAAGAACAAUUUUACAGUUGCACAGAAUGAACAAUUUGAAGCUCUGUUGAAGACAAAACUGAAUGGAGUAGAUGUAAACUAUACAUACGAAUUAUAAAAGACGUUUUCUACUGCGCUAUUUCCUAUUAAUUUUUCAUUAAAAGUCUGUUUCUUAA